AAGGUAGCGGUAUGGUAAAUUACACCUCUUCUGUAUAAAGCAUUUUUUUCCAACUUUCCUUUUAAAAAAACAUUAUAAAAGUAUAUAUGUACUUGUUAACAAAAGUUUGUUCUACAAUAUUAUGAAAAAAAAAAUUAAAAUGUUGUAACAGAAAAAAAAUAUAGUCUAAAGUCUUAAAAAGUGGGUGUGGCCAACUGUGAAGGGAUUUGUCUCAAAAGUAUACAAGUUUUCAGAAAAAAAAAUAUGUCCACAUGUUCAGCAUAGUCUGAAUUUAAAUCGCGUGUCUCAUUUUUUUCUCAACUUUAAUCGUUUUAAAAAUAUGCCGUAAAACAUCUAUAAGAUCAUAAAAAUAACACUCAAUUUUUUUUCCUUUUUCUUUCAAUCACUUUUGCAUCCAAAUCCGCUGACCAAAAAUUAAAAUGAGACACGCGAGUAGAGAUCAAACACUCGUGAAGCCGAAAACGAAAGUUUCAUGACGUCAUCUAAUGUAUUUUUGAGACAGAUCCCUUUUAAGAAGAGUACGCAACCGAAAAUUUUACGAAAAAAUUAUUCAGAGAUAUUCGUUAACGAAGUUUUUUCUUUCGACCUGUGAUUGUUUACAAGAAAUUGAAAAGAGAAUAUUUAAUUAUUCAUUAGUUAUUUAAAGUGAACUUGCGGAACUCUUAUUCAACAUUUUUUUUGCAUAAGAAUGCCCCCGUCAUAAUAAAGCAAAAUUAAUAAUUCUCAAAGCAUUUGUUUCUAAUAUGAUGAUAUUUUUUCUCACGUCAGGGGGUUUGAGGGUAAAAUAUGAAUAUAAAUGUUCAAAAACAGGAAAUGUAAUAAUCGAGAAUACGAUUCUGUUCAACUUUCAUUUUUGUUUUGUGAAAAUAUCUGUUACAAUAAGAAUAUAAGAAUGCCAAAAGCAAAUAAAACACUGCAGAAAAAAAACAGCGAGGGAAACCCAGGCAAUGUUUUUUCGUUGGAAGAAGAAGUUGGAAAAAACAUGAGAGAUGCAGGAUACGAUGGCAGCCUGUUCAUUUCUGCACUAAAAGAUGCCGUAAAAAUUAGAAAGAAAAGAUCGAAAACACCAAGAAAAAUUCGAUUUUCUUUUUAUUGCUAUUGGGCUAGAAACCUCUUGAGAAAAGAAGUAGGACCGGAAAAUCCCGAGUAUUCAUUUCCAACCCAUUCCUACCUUUUCCAAUAA